UCUGGGGGCAGAGCGGGCACCACUGCUCCUGCAGAUGGGGAGGGGGGAGGCCACGGCAGAUCCUGGUGCCGGGCAGCCCCAGGGCAGCAGCCUUCCUGCCAGUCCUUCUUGGCAUCCGGGGAUGGACGCCGGACCUGGGGCCUGGCUGUGGCGCGUCCAGUGUCCCGCGUGGCACGAGGAGGACGCAGGGAACGGGGGACGGGCCCUUGGCUGGAGGGCCCUUCCUGACGGGAGCCAGCCCCUCCAGCAUGGCGGCCCAGGUGACGCUGGAGGAUGCGCUGUCCAAUGUGGACCUCCUGGAGGAGCUGCCUCUGCCUGACCAGCAGCCCUGCAUCGAGCCCCCGCCGUCCUCACUGCUCUACCAGCCAAAUUUCAACACGAACUUUGAGGACAGGAAUGCUUUCGUCACCGGCAUCGCCAGAUACAUUGAACAAGCCACUGUCCACUCCAGCAUGAACGAGAUGCUGGAGGAAGGCCAGGAGUACGCGGUCAUGCUGUACACCUGGAGGAGCUGCUCCCGGGCCAUCCCGCAGGUGAAGUGUAAUGAGCAGCCUAAUAGAGUGGAAAUUUAUGAGAAAACCGUGGAGGUCCUCGAACCGGAAGUCACAAAACUGAUGAAUUUUAUGUACUUCCAGAGGAACGCCAUCGAGCGGUUCUGCGGGGAGGUGCGGCGCCUGUGCCAUGCCGAGCGCAGGAAGGACUUCGUGUCCGAGGCUUACCUGAUCACGCUGGGCAAGUUCAUCAACAUGUUCGCCGUGCUGGACGAGCUGAAGAACAUGAAGUGCAGCGUGAAAAACGACCAUUCGGCGUAUAAGAGGGCUGCUCAGUUUUUGCGUAAAAUGGCAGAUCCGCAGUCCAUCCAGGAGUCACAGAAUCUGUCCAUGUUCCUGGCCAACCACAACAAGAUCACCCAGUCUCUGCAGCAGCAGCUCGAAGUGAUUUCUGGCUAUGAAGAGCUCCUUGCAGACAUCGUGAAUCUGUGUGUGGAUUACUACGAGAACAAAAUGUACUUGACGCCCAGUGAGAAACACAUGCUCCUCAAGGUCAUGGGAUUUGGCCUAUAUUUGAUGGAUGGAAGUGUCAGUAAUAUCUAUAAACUCGAUGCCAAGAAAAGAAUAAACUUACCCAAAAUUGACAAGUUCUUCAAGCAGCUCCAGGUGGUUCCACUGUUUGGGGACAUGCAAAUCGAACUGGCAAGAUACAUCAAGACCAGUGCCCACUAUGAGGAAAACAAAUCUCGGUGGACAUGCACGUCCCCGAGCAGCAGCCCCCAGUACAACAUUUGCGAGCAGAUGAUCCAGAUCCGAGAGGACCACAUGCGCUUCAUCUCUGAGCUGGCUCGUUACAGCAACAACGAGGUGGUCACUGGGUCUGGCCGCCAGGAGGCCCAGAAGACGGAUGCGGAGUACCGGAAGCUUUUUGACCUGGCGCUGCAGGGUCUGCAGCUGCUAUCGCAAUGGAGUGCCCACGUGAUGGAAGUGUAUUCAUGGAAACUCGUGCACCCAACGGACAAGUACUCCAACAAGGACUGCCCCGACAGUGCCGAGGAGUACGAGCGUGCGACGCGGUACAACUACACCAGCGAGGAGAAGUUUGCGCUGGUGGAGGUGAUCGCCAUGAUCAAGGGCCUGCAGGUGCUGAUGGGGAGGAUGGAGAGCGUGUUCAACCAUGCCGUCCGCCACACCGUCUACGCCGCGCUGCAGGACUUUGCACAGGUCACCCUGCGGGAGCCCCUGCGCCAGGCCAUCAAGAAGAAGAAGAACGUCGUGCAGAGUGUCCUGCAGGCCAUCAGGAAAACCGUGUGUGACUGGGAGGCCGGGCACGAGCCGUUCAACGACCCCGCUCUGAGGGGUGAGAAGGACCCCAAGAGCGGGUUUGACAUCAAGGUGCCGCGGCGCGCCGUGGGACCCUCCAGCACGCAGGUUCUCGCCCCGCCCCGCCCGCUGCCCCUGGCCCCCUGGAUGGGAGGGUCCUCGAGUGGAGGGGGCUGCUGCUGUCUUUACAUGGUGAGAACCAUGCUAGAGUCCCUCAUUGCGGACAAAAGUGGUUCCAAGAAAACUCUGAGAAGUAGCCUUGAGGGGCCCACCAUAUUGGACAUAGAAAAAUUCCAUCGGGAGUCAUUCUUCUACACUCACUUGAUAAAUUUCAGUGAGACGCUGCAGCAGUGCUGCGACCUGUCACAGCUGUGGUUCAGGGAGUUCUUCCUGGAGCUGACGAUGGGCCGGAGGAUCCAGUUCCCCAUCGAGAUGUCCAUGCCCUGGAUCCUGACGGACCACAUCCUGGAGACCAAGGAGGCGUCGAUGAUGGAGUACGUUCUCUACUCCCUGGACCUGUACAACGACAGCGCCCACUACGCGCUCACCCGGUUCAGCAAGCAGUUCCUCUACGACGAGAUCGAGGCCGAGGUGAACCUGUGUUUUGACCAAUUUGUUUACAAGUUAGCAGACCAGAUAUUUGCGUAUUAUAAGGUUAUGGCAGGAAGUUUGCUUCUUGAUAAGCGGCUACGAUCGGAAUGCAAGAACCAGGGUGCAACGAUCCACCUCCCGCCGUCUAACCGCUAUGAGACGCUGCUCAAACAGAGACACGUGCAGCUUCUUGGCAGAUCAAUAGACCUCAACCGUCUGAUUACUCAGCGGGUCUCAGCAGCUAUGUAUAAGUCUUUGGAACUGGCGAUUGGCAGAUUUGAAAGUGAAGACCUGACGUCAAUAGUUGAGUUGGACGGCCUCUUGGAAAUAAACCGCAUGACCCACAGUCUGCUCAGCAAGUUCCUGACGCUGGACAGCUUCGACGCCAUGUUCCGGGAAGCCAACCACAACGUGUCGGCUCCGUAUGGCAGAAUCACCCUCCACGUCUUCUGGGAGCUCAACUACGACUUCCUGCCCAACUACUGCUACAACGGGUCCACCAACCGAUUUGUUCGCACAGUAUUGCCAUUUUCUCAGGAAUUUCAAAGAGAUAAACAGCCCAAUGCACAACCCCAGUAUUUACAUGGAUCAAAGGCCUUGAACCUGGCCUACUCCAGCAUCUACGGCAGUUACAGGAACUUCGUGGGCCCGCCGCACUUCAAGGUCAUCUGCCGUCUGCUCGGGUACCAGGGCAUCGCCGUGGUCAUGGAGGAGCUGCUCAAGGUCGUCAAGAGCCUGCUGCAAGGAACCAUCCUGCAGUAUGUGAAGACGCUCAUGGAGGUGAUGCCCAAGAUCUGCCGCCUGCCCCGGCACGAGUAUGGCUCCCCUGGCAUCCUCGAGUUCUUUCACCACCAGCUGAAGGACAUCGUGGAGUAUGCAGAGCUGAAGACCGUGUGCUUCCAGAACCUGCGGGAGGUGGGCAACGCUGUGCUCUUCUGUCUGCUGGUCGAGCAGGGCCUGUCUUUAGAGGAAGUGUGUGACCUGUUACAUGCGGCCCCUUUCCAGAACAUCUUGCCUCGAGUCCACGUGAAGGAGGGAGAGAGACUUGAUGCCAAAAUGAAAAGACUAGAAUCAAAGUACGCCCCCCUGCACCUUGUCCCUCUGAUUGAAAGACUGGGGACCCCCCAGCAAAUUGCCAUAGCGAGGGAGGGGGACCUGCUGACAAAGGAGCGUCUCUGCUGCGGUCUGUCCAUGUUUGAGGUCAUCCUGACGCGGAUCCGGACCUUUCUGGAUGACCCCAUCUGGCGUGGGCCCCUCCCCAGCAACGGGGUCAUGCAUGUGGACGAGUGUGUGGAGUUUCACAGGCUCUGGAGUGCCAUGCAGUUUGUCUACUGCAUCCCUGUGGGGACACACGAGUUCACGGUUGAGCAGUGUUUUGGUGACGGGCUCCACUGGGCUGGCUGUAUGAUCAUCGUGCUUCUGGGGCAACAGCGGCGCUUUGCUGUGCUGGAUUUCUGCUACCAUCUCCUUAAAGUCCAGAAGCAUGAUGGCAAAGAUGAGAUUAUCAAAAACGUGCCUUUGAAGAAGAUGGUGGAGCGAAUUCGCAAGUUUCAGAUUCUCAAUGAUGAAAUCAUCAUGAUCCUGGACAAGUACCUGAGGCUGGGGGACGGGGAGAGCACGCCCGUGGAGCACGUGCGCUGCUUCCAGCCCCCCAUCCACCAGUCCCUGGCCAGCAGCUGAGGCACUCCCACCCACACCAAGAGUCCCAGCACCGGCCGCAGUUAAUAACCGUAACAGCAUGUUCCUCUUUCUGUGAACUAUUUAGUGAGAUUUUUAGGGAGUAUUUUUCUCUGGGCCUGUUAAAAAGCUGUGCUUUUCAAUCUAAAAGCUUAAUUUUAUAAAAUUGACCUAUUUUUCUAGACUAAAAUUGUUAUAUGCUUUUCGUAAUAAGGAAGUCUGAGAAUACUGGCUGCUGUGUUGUCCUUGCGUCCUUACAUUCUUGCAAGCUCUCCCACGGAUUGUUCCAACGUACGUCAUACAGUGCGGAAGUCUGUCCACUUACCCCUUAGCAAGGAUGGAUACUGUUUAGGGGACACUAAGUUAAGCAAGAACUUAAUACCAGCUAAUUGUAAUAAAACCCCUUAUGAAUUAGUAUUAAACUUAAAUGAUUAUUUAGCUUUUGUUUAGGGAUUUUUCUGAUGGUAUUUUAUGAAUAAUCUUUUCUAAGUCAUUGUUCCCUUCCUUUUACAUGUCAGUGUUUUGGAAAAUAGUGAACCUGAUUCCUCUGCCUCUACUCCAGUUGUGACAAAAUAUAAGUUGUGAGGUAUGAUUUAAAGGUUAUAGAAAUAAAACGAAUGGAACCUGUUUA